UGGAAAAGAAAGAGAAAUGGAUCCUGAGACAGGAAAGAAUAUCAAAGGUGAAUCCUUGUUUUCGGAGGAUGCUGCUAUGGAUUGGAGGGGAAGACCUUGCAAAACUGACAAGCAUGGUGGAAUGAGAGCUGCUGCCCUUGUUCUUGGCCUCCAAGCAUUCGAGAUAAUGGCUAUUGCUGGUGUUGGAAACAAUCUCAUAACUUAUGUCUUUAAUGAGAUGCACUUCCCUUUGUCAAAAUCUGCAAAUAUAGUGACAAACUUUGUGGGGACUAUCUUCCUCUUGUCUCUCCUUGGUGGGUUCCUCUCAGAUUCUUAUCUUGGGAGCUUCUGGACAAUGGUGAUCUUUGGCUUUGUGGAACUCUCUGGUUUUAUCUUACUUUCAGUCCAAGCCCAUCUCCCUCAACUAAGGCCACUCCAGUGCAACAUGGUAUCUGAGCAGUGUGAACCAGCAAAAGGGUUCAAGGCCAUAAUUUUCUUUGUAGCACUCUACUUGGUGGCCUUAGGAAGUGGCUGUGUAAAGCCCAACAUAAUCUCUCAUGGGGCUGAUCAAUUCAGGAAGGAGGACCCAAAGCAAUCCAAGAAGCUCUCAACAUACUUUAAUGCCGCUUACUUCGCUUUCUGCGUCGGAGAGCUCAUUGCCCUCACUGUUCUUGUAUGGGUCCAGACACGAUCGGGAAUGGAUGUUGGGUUUGGACUCUCGGCGGCCGCCAUGGCAUUGGGGUUGAUGAGUUUGAUAACUGGAACCCUAAUCUAUAGGAACAAGCCCCCUCAUGGAAGCAUCUUCACUCCAAUUGCUCAAGUUCUUGUUGCAGCAUUCUCAAAAAGAAAACAAGUUUGCCCAUCUAAUUCUGAUCUGAUGUUUCAUGGAAGCCAAAUUAAUGUAGUGAACAACAGAGUUUUCACCAUCAAUAAUGCGGCGAAUCCCCGACACGCCGAAAAAUUCAGAUUCUUGGACAAGGCGUGCAUUAAAAUCCAAGAUGGAUCUCAAACCAAGGAAAGCCCAUGGAGAUUAUGCACAGUGGCCCAAGUUGAGCAAGUGAAAAUAAUCCUCUCAGUGAUUCCCAUAUUUGCCUGCACCAUCAUAUUCAACACCAUUCUAGCUCAACUCCAAACAUUUUCAGUUCAACAAGGAAGUGCAAUGGAUACCCAACUCACAAAAAGCUUCAAAAUCCCACCAGCUUCACUUCAAUCUAUUCCUUACAUCAUUCUCAUAUUUGUAGUUCCUCUCUAUGAAGGUGUCUUUGUUCCACUUGCAAGAAAAUUUACAGGAAAUGAUUCAGGAAUCUCCCCGUUACAUCGAAUAGGCGUCGGCCUCUUUUUCGCUACCUUCUCCAUGGUAUCAGCUGCCCUAGUAGAGAACAAGAGAAGGAACUCAGCUAUGAAUUCAAAAGAGAUUCUAUCUAUCUUCUGGAUUGCUCCACAAUUUCUCAUAUUUGGACUAUCAGAGAUGUUCACUGCAGUUGGUCUAAUUGAGUUUUUCUACACACAAUCCUUAUCAGGAAUGCAAGCAUUUCUUACAGCUAUGACUUACUGCUCAUACUCAUUUGGGUUCUACUUGAGUUCUCUCCUUGUUUCUCUAGUCAACAAAAUCACUUCAAAUUCAUCUGGUGGAGGUUGGCUCAGUGACAAUGACCUCAACAAAGAUAGGCUAGACCUUUUCUAUUGGUUACUAGCUGCCCUAAGCAUCAUUAACUUCUUUAAUUAUCUCUUUUGUUCAAGAUGGUAUUCUUACAACCCAUCUCUAUCAUCCACUCCACCACAUGAUUCUUAUGAGGAAGAAUUAGGGCACCAUAGCUCUUCAAAGCAUGUAAGUGAUGACAAUAUUAUUAUACCUUAAAUAACAUUAUCUUGUUAAUUAAUUUUUUUGUUUUCCACCUUCUACUUGAAUAUUGUAUAAAAGAAAAGCAUUACAAAGAGAAGAAAAAUAAAAGGUAGAGAGACAAUAAUGUAUGUUGUUGGGUAUAGACCCACUUUAUUAAACCCUCUA